CAACGGGCUAGGGAUGAGGGAGGUGUCCCCCGCCCCAUUGCCACCCCUAGUUUAAGUGUUUGCAGAUUAAAUGGUUAAGCGUGCUUAGCGCCCGAAAAAACCCUAAUAAAUCACAAAAAUAACAAAAAAAAAACAGAACAGAAGAAGAACAUCCCUUUUAUUAUUCAAUCUCUAAUUGUCGUAAAGAAAAAAACCCUAGUUGUGCAUUUCCGAUAUGACUAUUUCGGCUUAAGGUUUAUGAUACGGAGAAUGAGAAUCAGAAGAAGAAAUUUGAGGCGGAUUUGAAGAAGGAAAUCGAAAAAAUAUAAAGACACAGAGAUCAAAUUAAGAUAUGGAUUCAAUCCAUUGAAAUUCAGAUUAAAAAAGGCCUUGCCAACUCCCGUCCUUGCUGCUACUUUUUAAUUGUCUGUGAUUGUAAUGGGGCAAAAACAAGGAGAAUCCUCCUCCUCCUCAAAUCUUAUUACCAAUGCUAAUUCUAGAGCAAGUAGCCGGAGAACAAAAGCUGUUGAUUGUCUUAAAUGCCCUCAUUGUGCUGGUCCUCUCUCUAAAGAGAUGGAGACUAGCCAAUGGACUGUGCCACCACUCAUCAGAGACAGUUUUUCUAUGAUUGGUUCUGCUGUUGGUGGCACGGCCAGUGCAUUUUAUGGGUUUAAUUACGUAAUGCCUAUUGUUCAGAGGAGGAUUAAAGGACCCAUGUUGCUCCAUUUUCUUGUUGGUGCCCCACCUGUUAUUGUCUUCUCAUCAGCCUGUGCUGGUUUGGCAGGUGGUGCUGUGCCAGCGCUUGCUCAGCUUGCUUCUUCAUCUUAUCAUGCAGCGUUCUCUUCAUCAUCCUUGAGUCCUUCAUCCUCACAGGAUGAGAAUAUGAGCAAAUCCAGGACUUCAUCAACUCUGUGAAACUCUUAAUCGGAAGGUGAUAUGAUGAUUACUUUCACAUGAAAGGAUUAAGCUUCACAUUGCCGGAGUCAUGCCACUCAAGAAUGUGCACCUGAUAUGCAUGUGCAUGAGUUGUACUUGCCACCGAGUGAAGUGUGCUGCUGACAGCAAUAAUAUGUUCAGGCGGACAGGAAUUAGGAAGGGAUAUCUAUGUGAUGCAUAAAAGUUCUCAUCAAUUACGUUCUUCUCCCUGUAGAAAGGUAGAGAGUUGUAGUCUGUCAAGCAGUUUUAAAGGUCUUCCUCUCUAGUGAGCACCUAAUCCAUUACUACUGUGCGGAUGUCCCUUAGAAAGAAAGCGCUUUCUUGGAAAUUGCUGAGGUUAUUUUGCAAGAUCCUGUCAUUAUGUGUUAUCUUGAGAUUUCUUAAUUGCAUAAAUGUUGUUAGCUUGCCUGGUGCAUUCCUGUGUAUUGCUUCGCAUGGAAUUAUGAUGUAAAGGCUUUCCUUUUCUGUUUGAAGUUAUGCCUCCUAGGCAUUUGUUGGUUCCAGAAGAAAGCAAUCUAUCUGUUUGGCA